GUGGAAAAGGACGACCAUUACGGUACCAUCACUUCACUAUUCGUUCAACAACGGCGGCUUUUCGGUGUUUUGUAGUGGGCUGUUUUGCUACCCGCUUCCAAGAGAUAUCAAAUCGUUUGUGCUCGGUUAAGCAAGAAAGUGUAUCAAUCAUAUUUAAGUAAAGUGUAGUUGCGUUGAACGCGAACAGUUGUAUUUGGUCGUUGUUUGUAUUAAGUUGUGUUAAUAAAACCUCUGUAUAAGGAAAAUGGCUGGUACAUUGCCCCCUCUCAACCAAGAGGCUAUCUUCAAGAAGAUACAGGAAUAUUACAAUGCUCACAACCAAGAGCUAGUCAUUAAGAAUUUGUUCAGUGCUGAUCCCAAGCGGUUUUCCAAAUUCAGCUUGCGACUGGCGACGCCCAAUGAUGGUGAAAUUCUUUUGGAUUACUCGAAGAAUCGCAUCAACGAAGAUGUUUGGCCGUUGCUCUUGGAACUGGCAAAAACACGACGCGUUGAGGCCGCUCGUGAAGCCAUGUUCUCUGGCCAGCACAUCAACAUCACGGAGAAUCGUGCUGUCCUUCAUACCGCAUUGCGUAAUCGUAGCGCUGAUGCCGUUGUUCUCGAUGGGCACGACGUGAUGCAAGAUGUGCGUGCUGAGCUGGCUCAUAUGAAAGAGUUUACCAACAAGGUGAUCUCAGGUGUUUGGCGUGGUUGCACUGGCAAACAGAUCACUGAUGUAGUUAACAUUGGCAUUGGUGGCUCUGAUCUGGGACCCCUGAUGGUCACCGAAGCCCUCAAGCCAUACGGCAAGGGAUUACGCUCACAUUUCGUGUCUAAUAUCGAUGGCACCCACAUGGCUGAAGUGCUGAAGAAGGUCAGCUAUGAGACCACGUUGUUCAUCAUUGCCUCGAAGACAUUUACCACUCAGGAGACCAUCACGAACGCCACAUCGGCCAAGUCUUGGCUGCUGGAACACACAAAGGAUGAUGAUGCAGUGGCCAAGCACUUUGUGGCUCUAUCCACCAACAAGGAGAAGGUAACCGGUUUUGGCAUCGACAGUGCCAAUAUGUUUGGAUUCUGGGAUUGGGUUGGUGGACGCUACUCCUUAUGGUCAGCCAUUGGUCUAUCAAUUUGCCUGUCGAUCGGAUUCGAGAACUUUGAACAACUGCUUGAUGGCGCCCAUUUCAUGGAUAAUCAUUUCAAAUCGGCUCCUUUGGAUAAAAAUGCACCUGUUAUUCUCGCCUUGCUAGGCAUUUGGUAUUCGAAUUUCUACAAUGCCGAGACGACCGCUUUGCUGCCAUACGAUCAGUAUAUGCAUCGUUUUGCGGCGUAUUUCCAGCAGGGCGACAUGGAGAGCAAUGGAAAAUUUGUCAGCAAAUCUGGCAAGAAUGUUGCUUAUAGCACUGGACCAAUUGUUUGGGGCGAACCUGGCACAAAUGGCCAACACGCUUUCUACCAACUCAUCCAUCAGGGUACACGUCUAAUUCCAUGCGAUUUCAUUGCGCCAGCGCAGACCCAUAAUCCAAUUUCCGGUGGCAAGCAUCACAAGAUCUUGCUUUCAAAUUUCCUGGCUCAAACUGAAGCAUUGAUGAUGGGCAAGACCGCCGAGCAAGCACGGGAGGAGCUCACCAAGGCUGGUGUGUGUGGCAAUGAGUUGGAGAAUUUGCUGCCGCAUAAGGUGUUUGUUGGCAACCGCCCCACAAACUCAAUUGUUGUUAAGAAAGUAUCACCAUUCACAUUGGGAGCAUUGAUUGCACUCUAUGAGCACAAAAUAUUUGUACAGGGAAUCAUUUGGGACAUCAACACGUUCGAUCAAUGGGGCGUUGAACUCGGCAAGCAGCUGGCCAAGGCCAUUGAGCCAGAACUUGAUCAUUGCGAAGAAGUCACCGGACACGAUAGCUCGACUAAUGGACUUAUUAGUUUCAUUAAAGCAAAUUGGAAGUAAAUAACUAUUGUAACCGGAGAAGCGGUAGCCGGCACAACCGAAUCCAGAAGAAUAAUUGGCAUCUUCGCUCAAUUGGAUCGUCUACUUAUUAAUAAUCAAUGCUACCAAAUUGUUUAUGGCACAAAAUUUACAUACAAUAUAUCUACGAUUACAUACUAUUAUUAUA